CUUCCUUGUAUUUGGGGCAUUGCUUUAGGCGCCUCGAUCCGGACCAAGAAAAGUCGCGCCCCUAUUUUAUCGUGAAAAGUCUAAUGCUGUUUUUUGUUUUUAACUUCAUUUAAAAUAUUUUGCAUUCACACGUCUCCCGUGGUCUGUCAUUCUGUUGAAGCCAAGCAUCGAUCCCACCAGUUCAAGUUGCUGGGUGUUCUGAGUUUCGGUUGAAGAGGGAAAAGCUCGUUUUCUUCUUUGGGAGGUGACAGGAGGCUGCCUCUCUUCUGAAUUCUAACUUCCUUUGCAUCAAGUUAUGUUCGCAUGCUAUCCUCCUUGGCGCAUACAAGAAAGGCUAUUUCUCAUCUCAUUAGCUAAUGACUGACAAUUGAGAACUACUAUUUCGCACGCGAGCCUACUUGGAACUACUAUUGACUGAUUAUACACCAUCUUCACAUUCCUACUGCAUGCAAAUUCUCCUUCACGAUCCAUGGGGGAGUGGAUCGUUGGAGCGUUCAUCAACCUUAUCGGAAGCAUUGCUAUAAACUUCGGGACAAAUCUCCUUAAGUUAGGCCAUAAUGAGAGAGAAAGACAUUCUGCAAUUGGAAGUGAUGGAAAGCUGACCCCAAAGCCUAUUAUAUACUUCCAGUCAUGGAGAGUUGGAAUUGUAUUUUUCUUUCUUGGGAAUUGCCUUAAUUUCAUUUCCUUUGGGUAUGCUGCUCAGUCACUACUUGCAGCCCUGGGGUCUGUUCAAUUUGUAUCAAAUAUUGCAUUCGCCUAUUUUGUCUUGAACAAAAUGGUGACUGUCAAGGUACUGGUCGCCACAGCAUUCAUUGUUCUUGGAAACACCUUUCUAGUUGCUUUUGGCAAUCACCAAUCUCCUGUUUAUACACCAGAGCAGUUGGCAGAGAAAUACUCCAAUAUUCCAUUGCUUCUUUACCUUCUAGUUUUGAUUAUAGUUGUUGCUGUGCAUCACUACAUCUACAGGAGAGGAGAACUUCUGCUUGCUGCAUCAGGACAAGACCUUAGCCCCUAUUGGCUCAUGCUGCUGCCAUUUUCCUAUGCUGUAGUUUCUGGUGCUGUAGGUUCUUGCUCGGUGUUGUUUGCAAAAUCCCUUUCAAACCUUCUACGACUGGCCAUGUCUGGUGGUUAUCAGUUGCAUGGCUGGUUCACGUAUUCCAUGCUGCUUUUAUUUCUUAGUACAGCCGGAUUCUGGAUGGCAAGGCUGAAUGAAGGGCUGUCACUGUUUGAUGCAAUUCUUAUUGUUCCCAUGCUUCAGAUUGUUUGGACUUUCUUCUCUAUCUGUACAGGGUUUAUAUAUUUUCAAGAAUAUCAGGUAUUUGAUGCAUUGAGGACGACAAUGUUUGUUCUUGGAAUGAUUUGUGUGUUCAUUGGCAUUUCAUUGUUGGCACCUGAUGAGCCAAAAGGUCAUGAAACUAAAGAUAGUUCUUUGGAUACCAUGGCGCCUUCUGGUAUUUCAUCAGAGAUGAACAGACUGGUGGUCUCAUCCGAAGAAGCACAGAACAAAGACACUAGAACACACAUAAAAGGAUUGUUAUUAAAGGCGACAGAUGUGUUAGUGAAGGCAAAGAAUGCAUGUGCAUUGUCUCUGGGUUUUGGGGAGGAUACCAUUCAUGCAUCUUCCGUUCUUGUGAUGCCGAUGAUGUCAUCCAAGUUGACUGGAUUUAGAGGGAAUGGGCUUGAGCGGUCUAAGAUCUUUUCCAUGAGGAAUUCUGGUUGGGGAAAGAUCCCCUGGAUGAAGAUGUGAGCAAAAUACUCGAAACUAGUCCAAUUCUCCCAGAGAGCCCCUGAUAGUGGUAGCUAUAUAUACAGCCUGCAAGCUCUUAACCACGCCUUUUUUUUUUUGACUUAUUCUUUACCAAGUGAUUGCUGGCCAUGAUAUACAGAACUAUCAGCAUUCAGUUAUUAGAUAUGUUAGGGAAAUGAUGUAAUCUCCCACAAAAGAUGAAAAAAGAAUAGUGUAAAUCGUUGCUUGCAUAAAAGGAAAAAUUUAAGCAAAAAAUAUUGAUCAGAAUUUGCCAAUUUGGAGGAUGAAGUUUGAUGGUUG